GCUCUAUCCACUCAUCAUUUCAGAAAGAUUGCAGCAUCUUUAGCAGCUUAACUAAGAUGCCUUCUAAACCUCAGGCUUUGUAUUUGUGUUUGUGUUUACAAGUUUGCUUGUAUAUGUCUUUGCCGAUGUGGUUUUGACAGUUCCCAAACUCAGUUAUCUGUUCAUCUAAUGGAUUUAGAGUUCACCUGCUUGUGCUUGUGCUUAAUUGGGCAUGUAACAUAAAUUUCUAAUCCAGUCUUUCCAAAUUUAGGGUAGCUAGAUAGAUUGCAGGCUCCUCAGGCAUGUUAAUCAAAGUACAUUUUUUACAAUAAAAGGGUGUCUGAACAUUGAUCUUAUCCAUUUCCGGACAAUCAAUCUCAAACUAAAGACAAACUGAUUUCUGUAAAGUUUUUACAAUUUGAACAGUUCUUGUCUUGGGAGAGUUUUUUACGGUGAAGACAUAGCAUAUGUGAGAAACAAAUUCGGACCAUGCAAGCUCUUGGGAUAAACAUCAAGAACACCAUGUUGCAAGAAAAGGUAGACCACCGAGCCACUGACCUGUGGCGUGGAGACCAAGCAUCGUUACCUAUUUGGUAUCCUGCAUGAUUUUUCUUGUUAAGAUAAUUAUAAAAAUUAUUUAGUUAGAAUUGUAAUACAAUACUGUUACCUUGUUAGACAAUAAUAUUUAUUUAAGAAUUUAAGUUAAACUAUGAAUAGGAUUAGUGUGUAUAUGUAUAUAUAUAACAUUCCUGUCUGUUUCCUUAGGCUUUCAUCAAACAAGAGAAAAAGAAAAAGCAGCAAAAAUGCUUCUAAGAAGCUCAUCACCGCCAGUCCUCACAACGUGCAUUCCUCAGAGCUCGCCUGCGGUUGACUCCUCACGUAGGCUCCCAUCAAAACCGAUUGCCUUGACAGCCUCAUCGAUCAACAAAAUCCAAAGAACAUCGCCGGAGUGCAACAUGAGGCAAAUGGCUAUUCCAAGGCAAAAGCUACCUAGUGGCGGUGUUGGUGUGAGGGCUGGAGGAAAAGGGUUUGGAGAUUGGGGUCAAGGGGAACAAAGUUUGGACGAGUAUUACCAGAAUAUGAUAAAAACUUACCCUGGAGACACUCUUCUUCUUACAAAUUACCUUAAAUUCUUGGUAGAGGUACGGGGUGAUCUUCUGAAAGCUGAGGAGUAUUGCGAGAGAGCCAUUUUGGUGAAACCAGAUGACGGGGAAGUUUUAUCAAUGUAUGGAGAUUUGAUAUGGAUUAACCAUGGAGAUGGAGCUCGUGCUCUAUAUUAUUCUCAUCGAGCUGCUCAGGCUUCCCCUGAUGAUUAGUAUAACUUUCUCAUCCCUCUUAAUUUGCCCACUACCAGAUGACAUCUAGCCAGUUCUGCUUUCAUUAUGGAAAAUGUUGAACUUUGGGUAUCCUUGAUGCAGCCAUGUCCUUGCAUCUUAUGCUCGACUUGAGUGGGCUGCUGGAAAAGAAGAAGAAGACAAGGCAACAGAAAGAUGAGCAGAAAUUAGAACAUCAAACAUUGUACCAAAACUUCGACAUACACACCCCAGCUGUCACGGUCUCAAAGGAAAACCAUAAAUCUUACGUCGACUUAAAAAUGUUUUUUUUUUUAAAUAAAAUCGUAAAAUUCAAUAAAAUAAA